AUGUCACGAGGAAUACGUGUCGAUCCUCGGAAGGAUCCAGACAAAGAUGGAUUGCUUAAGGUGAAAAGUAUUCAGCCUCCAGUGUUUAAUGGGGAGAUUAGGACCUACCCCACCUUCAAGGAAGACUAUAAGAGAUUGAUGGAAAGUAGUUUUCGUAAAGACCCUUAUGCUCUAAGGUCAUGUCUGAGUGGUGCAGCACUCGAUGCCGUCCAAGGAGUAGAGAAUGAUUAUGACAAAAUGUUCAACAGAUUAGAUGAAAAAUUUGGAGAUAAUUGUAAAUUAGUGGAUACCCUGUUAUGUGAUUUGAAGUCAACCAAACCUAUCAAUGAAGGUGAUAUCAAAGGGUUCGUUAGGAUGGUAGAAAAGUUUGAAAGAUGCUGGCUUGACAUGAGAAGGAUGAAUCUAGAGAGAGAAAUGAACACUGUAAACAUGGUGAGCUUUGUGGAGAGAAUUAUGCCUGGCACACAGAGACGUGAGUGGGUUAUUUGGUCUGAGAAAUAUAGAAAUUCCACAGAUCUUUUUGAAAGAUUAAUGGAGUUUUUACUCAGGGAAAAAAGGGUACUUGAGUAUAUGGAUUCAAGCGUAAGAUGUAAUGCAAGCAACAAAAUUUGUCAUAAUGCCAUUAGUCAGGUAGAUAAAGAAGGAAGUGAUGGUGGCAUGACAUCUAUUAUCAAGAAACUCCAGGAAGAUCAGAAUGAAAUGAAGCAAUGCUUGAAUCAAUUAACACAGUCCAUACGUGAUCUAGGAUUGGGAAAGGGUGAUUCAGAGCAGUCUCAAUAUCAGGGUAUUAAGUGUUGGCUACAUGAUUCUUACUCCCACAGCAUACAUAAUUGUAAUGAGUUCGUGGGAAUGAGCAAUAGUGAUAAAGUGGAAGUAGUGAAGAGAAAUCGGAUUUGUUUCAGUUGUCUAAAGGGGAGUCAUAUGUCAAAGAAGUGCUGGUCGAAGAGACCAUGUAAUAUUGUCUCGGAUGGACAAAGGUGUGGCAAGGACCACCAUCCCUUACUUCAUGAAGCCUAUAUUGAGGGGCUAAUGUUCCACAUGACACUGACGGGAAAAUUGGAAAGUAGAGUAAGAGACAGGACACUGUUGAUGAUGAACAAAUUGUAUUCCACCAACUGUUCCACACCUUUGAACACACUUUGGGAUCCUGGAAGUGACAUAACUUUGGUGAGAUUUGACGCAGCGUCUAGAUUGGGCCUCACCGGUAAAGAAGUAACUCUGUCAGUCACUAAGGUUGGUGGGAGAACCGAACGGCUGCAUAGUCGAGAAUAUAUCAUCCCCCUUAAGGAUUUGGAUGGGAAAAUUUGGCGUAUUACUGCAUACGGUAUUGAGAGCAUAACAUCAACCGUUUGUAAGGUAGACUUAACUGAAGUGACGAAAUUAUUUGAAGGCGUUUCCGUUACUGAUCUUGACAUGCCAGAGGGCGACAUUGAUUUAUUAAUAGGUACGGACUGGUGUAACCUAAUGCCUGAGGUUAUAUCGUCUGUGGGUACCUUACAGCUUAUGCGGAGUAUGUUCGGGUACUGCAUUCGUGGGUCACACCCUUUGAUCAAGUUCCAUAAACCAGGGAGCAAUGUUUUUGGAGUCAGGAUUAGUCAUAUUGCUUGUUCCAGGAACCUUAGUGAGUUAAGAGAGGAAGAUAACUAA